AUGCCGUGGUGGAUGAAGGCAACAAGAGCCGCGUUUCUCAGUGGGAAUCGUAAGCGGCACCUUCACGUUGUCGGUGUUCAACCGGCACUAUGCGAGGGCGUGCUGCAAGGUGCAGGAGUUCGUUCACCCACGCUCCCGCGCAGCUUGAGUGCAGUUGAAGGCGCGGCCAGACCAUCUAUGCAAGUGUCGACAGCCGAUGCGUCUCGGCCGCAGCUUCUGCGCCCGCAUUUCGUAGCCAACUCGGCCCGCUUCCCUCUCUGCGGGAUCGUGCGCAGCGAGCAGCGACGUGAGGCUGAGCACCAAGCCACAUCAUCUCGGAAGAGAAUCGCUGACCAACUCGGUUUCGAUCGAAUGCCCGAGCCGAGACGCAUCGCAAUGCAUAAAGUGUCGUGCAUGGCCCGCCGGAAGCGCCGUCAACCGAGAGCCUUGACCCGAUCCUGA